AUGGAGGGUCUGUGGCUCUAUCCGCCCACGCCAACCUUAUCACCCCACACUCUAUCCCCCAGCCCCAACCUUAUCCCCAGCUUAUCUCCCAGCCCCCCAACGGUUAUCCCCCAGUCUCUUAAUCCCCAGCCCAAACCUAUCCCAACAGGCUCUAGUCCUCCAGCCCCAAACCUUACCCCCAGCUCUAUUCCCAGCCCCAACCUUAUCCCCCAGCUCUAUCCUCCAGCCGCCAACCUUAUCCCCCAGCUCUAUGCCCCCAGCCCCAACCUUAUCCCCAGCUCUAUCCCCAGCCCCAACCUUAUCCCCCAGCUCUAUCCCCCAGCCCCAACCUUGCUUCCCUAUGCCCACGCCCGUAACCCCAGCCCUGCCUAUUUCCACGCACCCCCAGCCCCUAUUUCCCCAGGCCCGCUAUUCCCCAGCCCCCACCCCUUAUUCCUCAGCCCUAUUCCCCAGCCCUAUUCCUCAGCCCUCUACCCCAGCCUCAGCCCUAUCCCCCGCCCCAGCUCUAUCCCCCAGCCCCACUCUAUCCCCCAGCCCCAACUCUCUCAUCCCCAGCGCCCAGCUCUUAUCCCCCAGCCCCAGCUCUAUCCCCAGCCUCAGCUCUAUCACCCCAGCCUCAGCUGCUAUCGCCCCAGCCCCAGCUCUAUCCCCCAGCCCAGCUCUAUCCUACAGCCCAGCUCUAUCCCCCGACCCAUCCCCCAGCUCUAUCCCCCAGCCCCAAACCCUACAUCCCCACAGCUCUAUGCCCCCAGCCCCAAACCCCCCGCCAACCUUAUCCCCCAGCUCUAUUUCCCCCCAGCCCCAACCCUAUCCCCAGCUCUUCCCCCAGACCCAACCUUAUCCCCCAGCUCUAUCCCCCAAGCCCCAACCUUCUCCCCCAGCUCUAUCCCCCAGCUCUAUCCUCCAGCCCCAACCUUAUCCCCCAGCUCUAUCCCCUAG